AUGAGGUAUGCGUGGAUGGUCUCGUUGGCGUUAUUAUUAGCAGCAACACUUGUGGAAAGCAGCAGUCUUCUCAGCAAGACUAUCAAUUCCGAUGGAUCAAAAGGUCAGUUCUCGUUUUCUCCUCCUAAUAAUUCAAUAGUCCUGUAAUUCAGAUUUCAACAUUGUGAAACAUAUCAAGAAGAACACUUGUACAUGCUCUUGCAAGUGUGUUCCAGACGUUCCAACCAAUCCGUUCGAUGUCACCACCACCAUUUCUUCUAUCAACAAUGAUAACGUUGACAUUGGACCAAGUGUCGACCCGAAUCCAUCUGGAUCUUCUCUGUUUCAAGAGAUUGAGGCUCAUGCGGGUGAUGUUACCACAGGAUCGCCGAGCUCGGAGCUGAGCAUUGAUUCGAGCGUGUCUGUGGAGAAGAGUGAGAGCACCACCUCCACUACGGAAGCCCCUGCUUCUUCUACCGAAGCUGAGGUCACGGUAGUCACCGGAGAAGUGAUUGCCGUUACAUCCGAGGAAACCACCACCACAGAGGUUCCAACUACUAUUGCGGAAAAAGUGACAACGACAACUGAAGCUUCUACGACUACAGAGGCAGCUACUACAGAAACUCCGACAACCACCGAGAAUGUGUCUACAAGCACUGAAAGUUCUACCACAACCGAGGAGCCAACAGAAAUUCCAACAAUCAACGAGGUUACUACUACUACAGAAGUUCCAUCUACUGUUUCUGAGGAAGUGACGACAACUACCGAUGACGUCACUACCGCUACUGAGGAGGUUACUACAACAACCGAGGAGCCUACUACAACUUCGGAAACUACCACCACCACCACCACCACAACCUCAACGGAACCCGCCACUUCUCCAGAGACCAACGACAAGAUCGCCGGCCCGGUCACAGGAAAACCGGAGACCACCCAUUUCCCAAUCACUGGAACCACUCCAAACUUUGACUCUACCACCACUACUAUCACCUCGGAAACACCAGUGAUUGCGAGAUCUGAAGAUAAAGAGGAGGAAGUGUCCACGACCACCGCCACAGGUUUGUUUGGCCGUUCAAAGAUCGGUUGAAUUAGAUAACAGAAGAUUCUGGGUUGAUUAGCUAAUUUCCACCCGCGCGGCGAAAAAAGAAAAGAUGAUAGAAUGACGGAAUGUUUCUUGACAAGGGCGCUAGUGCUAAAAGAAGAUAGAAAAUAAGGCUUGGCAAAAAUCGUGAACUUUUGCAGUUGAAUCAGUGGAAACGACAACGGAACUUGAAGUGACCACCCAGGAAGCUACUACAGGUUAGAAACUUGACAUUUGACAUGUAAUAAAAAACUUUGGCUUUUCAGAGACUUCUGAAACAACUAGUGUGACUCAAAAUUCUGAAGAACCAACCACUACUACCUUAACCAGUAAUAACAAUGGGUUUCACAGCACUCUCAAACUGAAAGUUUCCACUUCUGAAACCGAUGCUUCAACCGAAGCCACAACUUCUGAGCCAGUGACUGACACCACCACUCCAACAACGGAAACCACUGCUCAUGCGGUUACAAAGCCAACAAAGAAGGAGAAAGUGAAAGUGACUCCGAAGUUAGAAUUGUCUAUUGAUGAGCCUACCAAAGUGACCAAGAAGGUUUCGCCUGUCAAAUCUGGUAAAACAACGACGACCACUACUACGACUACUCCAGAACCGACCACCACGACAACUACCGAAGCGCCUACGACAACUGAGGAACCAACUACGGUCACUGAGGAAAUUACCACCACAACGACGGAAGAGCCAACUACGACGACUGAGGAAUUGACGACCACAACCACGGAAGAACCUUCGACAUCUACCGAAGAAGUCUUUACCACCACGGAAGAAUCUACUACUGCAACCGAAGAACCAGCAACUACUACUGAGGAAGUUACCACUACUUCCGAAGAGCCAACUACAACUACUGAGGAAGUUACGACUACUACCGAAGAGCCAACUACAACUACUGUGAAAGUUAUCACUACUACCGAGGAGCCAACUACAAUUACUGUGGAAGUUACCACUACUACCGAAGAGCCAACUGCAACUACUGAAGAAGUUACCACUACUACCGAAGAGCCAACUACAACUACUGAGGAAGUUACAACUACAACCGAAGAGCCAACUACAACUACUGAGAAAGUUACCACUACUACCGAACAGCCAACUACAACUACUGUGGAAGUUACCACUACGACUGAACCCCCAACUACGACCGUUGAGGCUACUGAAGCAUCAACUACUCAGAAGAGAACUACUGUCAAAGCGAAACCAACGAAGAAGACGACUAAGGCGGCAACUACUACCACGACAGAACCAACAACCACCACCACUGAGGCAAUGACAACGGAAGCAGUGACCACGACUCAAGAACCGGCAACAACGACCGAGGAAGUGACUACCACUACCACCGAAGAGUCUACCACUACUGCCGAGGAGACUACUACAUCAGCUGAAACUACAACUGCCACCGAAGAGCCUACUAAAACUGUCGAGGAGACCACAACCAUCACCGAGGAGUCUACUUCAACUUCAACUACCCCUGAGCCAACCACAACCGAGCCGGAAGCGUUUGUCACGGAAAUCACAACAGAAACCUCCACUCGUCGGGAACUCCCAGAAAGAUGGAAGGAGAUUGUGAGCAAACUGAAGCAUAAGCUCGAUGUUCUCAAGGAGCAGAAGAGGUUGUUGAGAGAAAAAGAGCAAAACUCAACUACGACUACUGUGGCUGCUGGGGAAGUGGCAGAGACGACUACGUUGGCGGAAAGUGUGGAUGAAGUGAACAGCACUGAGAAGGCUGAUGAGGUUACUACUACAUCCGUCACUGCUACCGAAGCUUCAACAGUUUCGGAGACUACUACUCCAGAGGUAACUACUGUAGAAUCAGAGACCACGACAACUCCAGAACUGAGCACAUCGGAAUCAAGUAUUGCUGAAACUACAACUCCCAAAGAAACUACUGAAAAUCCGACUACCACAGCUUUGGAAUUUACCACCACUACGGUUAUAACUGAAGAAACCACAACAACUGCGGAGUCAACUGCGUCAUCUUCUGAGCAUUCGGAAGCCAAUUCUGCUGAGAAACCUGGGGCCCGUCGUGAUUUUGUUCCGAAGAAGCAUACAACUGUGAAGCCAUCUGAAACUGAAACUGAAACUACAACAACUGAAGCCACAACCACCACUGAAGUCACUGAAGCGCCAACAACCAUCACCACUACAGAAGAAGUAACUGGAGACGGAGACGGGAACGCGUUUGUCACUGGAGCGCCAGUCGAUGGUAAGUUAGAGGGUGAACGUAAAGAAAAUAAAUAUUUUCAAUUUGUAGAAACUACCAUCAACACAUUGGAACUUCUCGAGAAGAUCAACAACACGAGAUUUUCGCAGCCAAAGCCGACGGAUAUCUCAAAGACCGAUGCCUUGUCGUCUCUUAUUAGUGGACUCAUUGGAUCGUUCUCCAAGACAACUGUAGCUCCCAGGUAUCAUAGUUUUCAAGAAAACACUCAAUGUUUGUUCAGAGUGGAAGAGACUGAAGCGCCAUUUGUGGCUGCCACCGAAGAGACCACAACUGAAGCUGUACGAAGAGUUCAAUCAUCCAUUGAAAUGGAUAAGGAAGAUGAGUUUGAGAAGAGAAUCAGAGAGCAGAGAAUUCAAAUGGAGCAGGUAUCCUUAUUCCCGUGUCCCGGAAUCUAAAAUCACUUUUUUCGAAGGCUAAGCGUCUUCGCGAAGAAGAACUCCUAGCGCAGCAAAAUCAGGAGCGCGAGUUGGAAGAGCAAGCACGCCAGGAGUUGUUGGAGAGAAAGGAGAAGAUGAUGAAGCAAUUGGAGGAGUUGAAGGAAGCAGAAGAGAGACAGCGAAUCCUCCUGGAGCAGGAAAGAUUGCAGGAAGCUGAAAGACUCCGGCUCAUUGAGCAAAAGCAAGCGGAAAUUGAGUUUGGAUCGAUUUCUACAACUACAGAGGCGUCCAAGUUCAAGUACAGAUUGAGACCAACUCAGGUAAAUAAAUUUGAAAAGUAGAAUGAUUAUGAAAACGUAUCUUUCAGUGCGCCGCGAUCAACAAGUUCACCAGAGUGUUCAACAUCACAGAUCCAUCCGAAUGGAUUCAGAAGAACUGUGAAUUUGCGAAACGCUACUUCCCUGAAGCGUCCUGCCCACAAAUCCAGUCCCUCAUUGAAUCCUGCUUCGCCUUUCUUUAG